GACCACAAAUAUUUUGACAAGUAACAUUUCAGUCGUGGAUAGAAUUUUCGACACACAUUCCAUAGCUAUUAUUACACAGAAAAUUUUCUGUUUCUGAGAGUAAAAAGAGUUCGAAGUGUAUAAGCAAGUAGGUGGUUUGUUUAAAUUAAAAAACUAUCAUGUUUAAUUCAGCCAUGGUGUUUGAUCCCUCCACUGGAACUUCAAAAAGGUUUUCAGUUCCUGUUGUUCAGGAAUUGGCAUCUCAGAACCUUCACAGCCUUCCUGAAAGGUAUAUCAGAUCAGAGAAAGAGCGCCCAAAUACCUUUCCUCUUCCUCAUUUGGACAUCCCUGUAAUUGAUAUGGACAUGUUUUUGAGAGAUUCGGAUCUCUGCAGGCAAAAGGAACUGGAAAAACUUGGUACUGCAUGCCAGCGAUGGGGAUUUUUCCAGGCUGUGAAUCAUGGAAUUCCUGUGUCUUUGAUGGAAAGAAUGAAGGGAAUUGUAAGGGAAUUCAUUCAACUACCUUUGGAGGAAAAGCUCAAGUACAAAACACAAGAAAUUGAAGGCUAUGGGCAGUCCUUUGUAGCCUCAGAUGACCAGAUACUGGACUGGGCAGAUAUGAUGUACUUGACAACUCUGCCUCCAGAGAAUAGAAAGAUGAAUUUUUGGCCAACAAAACCAGCGGAUUUUAGAGAAAGCGUGGAUCAAUACGCUUUUGAAAUUCAAAAGUUUGGCAAUACAGUUCUUUGCCUUCUAUCAGAGAACGCUGGCCUAAAACCAGACCAUUUCAUUAACAUGUGCGGGAAAAUGACACAGUUCAUGCGAUGGAAUUACUACCCACCCUGCCCAAGGCCAGAUCUGGUUUUAGGGUUAAGCCCUCAUUCAGAUUCAGGUGGUUUGACAGUAUUGUUGCAGGAUGACGAAACAGUUGGGCUACAGAUCUGUAAGGAUGGUGAAUGGGUCCCUGUUCAACCCAUCCUUGGUGCCCUGGUUAUCAAUAUUGGAGACAUGCUUGAGGUGAUUAGCAAUGGAAUUUAUAAGAGCAUUGAGCACAGGGCAGUCACAAACAUGGACAGAGAUCGAAUCUCCAUUGCCAUGUUUUGUAAUCCAAGUGGGGAAACAGAAGUGGGUCCUGCUCCUGAGCUCAUAGAUGACUUGCAUCCCUGUCAAUACAGAAGAUUCAUUCGCGCAGACUAUGUAAAGAAUUUAUUUUCUGGAAAACUUGAAGGGAAGAAGAUUGAAUUUGCCAAAAUCAAGUUAUAACUUUUUAAGUUGAAUUUGUUCGGUAUGGCUAAGAUUUUUAGCGUUCAAUUUGAUGAACUUCUAUCUUGACCUUUUUCGGGCUUAUAAUUUAAGCAAAUGAUCAGUGGUCAGUAUUGUAAUGAAUUGCAUGGUUAAGUAAUGUUGGUUUUCUGUGA